AUGUCUCAAACUGAUUAUUCUCAACACUUACUUCCCACAGCUCUUCCAACAACACCAUACCCUCCGCGACCAGCAACGAUCCAACAUACAUCCGGAACGAGUCGAGUCAUGUAUCGUCAUCACGAAACUCAUGCCCCAGGUCCACUUCCUUACUUUCUUCCUCCCCCUGGUCAAAUGUCACAUGAUCCUUCACUGUCCUCCGAGCCCAACACACAAGCUGUGUAUUCUACCUACCCUUCUCGCCUACGGACAGGUGUGACGGGAUUGGUUCAACCUGAACAACUCACCGGUGGUCCCAGAGAAAGAGAAUUAUUUUUAGCGGAAUUGGAUCGGGAAAUCUCGUCCACUCGACCGGGAUCUGGUGCUUCAACACCGAGAUAUGAUUCACCGACUUCUUUUGGAAAACCCAAACGACCCAACUUGACAGGUAGGAGGAUUAGAGCUGUGAAUUAUGCUGAGAAAGCUUCGGACGAUGAGAGUAGUGAGGGUGAGGAUAUGGAUGACUUUGAGGAUGACAGUGAUCUGGAGGAUGAGAAUCUUCCUAGGUCUAAGAAGAGAAGAGAAGUGGAAAGACAGUUACAACCUAAUGGCGGGGGAGAUGUACAGGCUGCCAUGAGGAUAGCGAGAUUGCGGAAAAAGAAAGAAGAAUUAGAUAAAGGUUGGACUUGGAUAGGAGAUAGAGUACCGGGUGAAAGAGUGAGAAGUGUACGCGCGAAAGCCACAAAACAUCAGUAUAUGUCCGAGGAAUUACUUCUUAGAGAGGCUGGACGGCCAGAGGCUUUGAUACCUAUCACGGUGGAUUUGGAAGUAUCUUCGGAAGUUCAGGACCAGAUGGGUAUUAAAAUCAGAGAUAGAUUCUUGUGGAAUGUGAAUGAACCAUUCAUGACUCCCUACCAAUUUGCAGCUAUCUUCUGCGAAGACGUGCAGAUACCCGUUCAACAAUACGCCACAGUCAUCGCCGACCUGAUUCAAGCUCAGAUCGAAGAAUCACAACCUGUCGCAGAGGCCGAUAUAGGGAACGAGGAGGUGACAGAGGACGAUGUGAUAUGGAGCGAUGAGGAGGAGGGCAUGGUCGAAGAUGAAAAUGAAGAAGAGGAGGUCGAGAAACAAUGGGCAGAGGCUGAUUGUAGGGUGUUCUUGAAUCUCGACGUCCAGAUCUAUUCUCAUCUCCUUCGCGACCGAAUAGAAUGGGACCUCUCCUCUACACUCCCUCCCUCCCACUUCGCUCGCGCAUACUGUCGGGACCUUGGUCUCACCGGGGAACCGGUAGUCCUCGUCACUCAUGCCAUCUUAGAAGAAAUUCUCAAACAUAAGAAAGACGCGUUAGACCUCGAACUUUUCUCUGUCUCUCAUCCCGACAUUCAAACAGGGUGGGAACGUACAUUACCUUUACCUAGGGUGAACAACCGUCGAGGUGCUCAACCUCUUCAAGGAGUGUGGAGGGAUUGGUGGGAGAGAGAAGAUUUCGGACCUCAUCUGGUGGAAUUAAGUUUUGAGGACUUGGAAAAGAGGGAGCAGGAGAGGGUGAGAGAGACGAGGAGGAUAAUGAGGACUUUGACUAGUGUGAAAAGGAGGAGAUGA